GAUAUCGAUAACGAUUUGAGCAACUCUUGCUGCCGGGCCACGUACAAUUUACGACAAAAAAUAACAAGUGAGAAUUAAAACUUAAAUACAAUCAUGGAAGUGAUGAAACGCUACGUAUCGCCUGUCAACCCGGCCGUUUUCCCCCACCUAGCUACCGUUCUUCUGAUUAUUGGAACCUUCUUCACCGCCUGGUUCUUCAUCUUUGUGGUGUCCCGGAAAAACGCAAAGGAAUCCACGCUUAUCAAGGAGCUACUGAUUAGCCUGUGUGCCUCGAUAUUCCUGGGAUUCGGCAUUGUUUUCCUACUUUUAACCGUCGGUAUAUACGUAUGAUGUAUAAGGAUAAGCGAAUCAUUCCGUGUAGAAAUAAAUUGAAGAUCUGUGUGUGGGCGUGAACGUAA